AUGAAGGAGAGGGAGAAAUUAAAAGAACUUGAAAUGAGGGAAAGGCUAGAGAUGGAGAAACUGAAAAUUGAAAUGGUCAAAGAAGAAAGCAACACUAAAGUUCACUCGAAAUCAGAUUAUUUUGAUGCAGCAAAAAACAUACGUUUGGUUCCAAAAUUUUGUGAAAAAACAGUUGAUAAAUAUUUUCCACAGUUUGAGAAAAUUGCUAACAAUUUGAAAUGGCCUAUGCCGUAUUGGACUACGAUGCUGCAAAGUGUUUUUGAGGGGAAGGCCGCUGAAAUAUACUCCGCACUUCCAUCAGAAAAAAGUUCCGAUUAUGACACGGUUAAACAGGAAGUUUUGAAAGCUUAUGAGCUAGUACCAGAAGCAUAUAGACAGAAAUUUAGAUCUUAUAAAAAGUUUGAUUCACAAACAUAUGUGGAAUUUGCUCGGGAAAAAGAAGAUCUAUUUGACAAAUGGCUUACGUCAAAGAAAACAGAUAACAAUUUUGAUAACCUAAGACAAUUGAUAUUAUUAGAAGAGUUCAAACUAUGUGUUCAUUUAGACUUAAAAACACAUUUAGACGACAAAACUGUUGAGUCAAUACAUGAUGCAGCUGUCAUUUCAGAUAAUUAUACUCUUUCACAUAAAAGAAGUUUCAAGGGUCAAAAUGUCAAUACUUCCAGUGGAAAUUACAAAAAUCAAAGCAAUGAGCGUACUGAUAGUAAGCCUGUUGCACAGAAUAAGAGUCAGUCCAGUUAUAAUAUGUCUAGUCCAAAAUUUGAUACUUUUGAGAAGAAGUCACUGACUUGUGCUUAUUGUAAGAAGAUUGGUCACCUGAUGGCUGAUUGUUUUAGACUCCAGAAGAAGAAUGAACGAGAUAAUAAGCCGAAGACCAGUGCUUGUACGACACCUUAUAUUACCAGUACAUUGGAAUGCCCUGCGCGUCAGGCUUUUAAGUCCAGUUUUUGUGAUUACAUGGAGGAAUACAAACCCUUUAUGUCUGAUGGGUUUGUUUCUAUUGUUGAUGAUACCACUCUUCAGCCUAUUAAGAUUUUACGGGACACUGGAGCUUCUCAGACUUUAUUGUUAGAAGGUGUGUUGCCUUUGUCCGAGAAUACUUCUGUUGGUGCCUCCGUUUUGUUACAAGGUGUAGAGUUAGGUUGUAUAGAUGUUCCUCUCCAUCGUAUUUAUCUGAAGUCAGAUUUGAUAACUGGACCAGUUGUUGUAGGUGUUCGUCCUAAUCUCCCUGUUGAGGGUGUUACAUUAUUGCUAGGAAAUGAUCUAGCUAGGAACAAAGUGGUUGCUGAACCAAUUGUUACCAGUGAACCAGUGGUGGAUGUUAAAUCACCUGAAGAUGAUGCUGAAUUGUAUCCAGCUUGUGUUGUUACUAGGGCGAUGGCUAGAAAACAACAAAAUCAGAAUUUGCAAAAAGACAAGUUUGAUUACAUGGACCUUUCUGACACUUUUAUAGCUGACAUUGAAGGUCCUGGUAGCUCAGAAAAGGCCAUUACAAAACCACCUAGUGUUAACAAGAAUGUUAUUAUGCCAUGGCCAGACGUUAACAGCCAUUCAUUAGACCGAAAGAAUUUAUCUGAAGAACAACAUAAAGACCCUGAGGUUCUUCAGCUCAGCCAGAGAGCUCAACCACAGGAGGAAGCAGACAAAGUGGCCGAAUGCUAUUACCAUCAGGAAGGCAUUUUAAUGAGAAAGUGGAGGCCUCCUGAUGCUACCCCAGAGGAGGAAUGGAGAGUGGUGUACCAAGUGGUGGUGCCUAAAGUUUAUAGGCAAGAAAUUAUUGGUCUUGCCCAUGACACCCCCUUGGCUGGACACUUAGGUAUAAGGAAGACUUGCCUAAAAAUAUUGCAACAUUUCUACUGGCCCAGACUUAGAAACGAUGUUGCAGAAUACUGCAAAUCAUGCCAUAUAUGCCAGGUUGUUGGUAAGCCUAACCAGAAAAUACCACCAGCACCUCUUCUGCCUAUUCCAGCCUUUGACGAACCUUUCAGCAGAGUUCUAAUUGACUGCGUUGGACCUUUACCAAAGACCAAGACUGGAAAUGCAUAUUUAUUGACAAUCAUGUGUACAUCUACUCGCUUUCCUGAAGCUAUUCCGCUCAGAAAUAUCAAGACAACUACUAUCGUCAAAGCUUUGAUCAAAUUUUUCACAUUAGUAGGACUUCCUAAGUCUAUACAGUCCGACCAGGGAUCAAAUUUCAUGUCAGGUUUAUUUCAGCAAGUCGUAUACCAGUUAGGGAUUGCUCAAUACAGAUCAAGUGCUUAUCAUCCAGAAUCUCAAGAUGUGCCUAACAAAACAACUGCUGUUUGUCAUGAUGUUGAUGUAGGAGAUGCUUCUCCAAUUAAGCAACAUCCUUACCGGCUCAAUCCACUCAAACUUGAAGUUAUGAGAAAAGAAAUUAAAUAUAUGCUUGACAAUGAUAUUAUUGAGCCGAGUAACAGUGAAUGGAGCUCUCCUUGUCUCCUUGUGCCAAAACCAGAUAAAACCUUUCGUUUCGUGACUGAUUUCAGAAAAUGGUGUGAUAUUUUACAGGUGCCUGAUCUCCGACUCAUCAGUGGGAAAACUGAUACCUAG